CAGCCCCGUUCCGCCGGGGCCCUUUGGAUCUCAUUUCUGCUCCGCAGGGGAGAUGCCGCCAUGGUCGAUGUCGCCGCCGCUCUGGACACGGAGUCGGCCAACGGGAAGGACGCGCUGGAAGCUGCCGGGGACGGCUCUGAAGUCCUGGAUGCUCAGGCAGGCUCAGUGGAUGAGGAGAACGGACGGCAGCUCGGGGAGAUCGAGCUGCAGUGUGGGAUUUGCACCAAGUGGUUCACGGCAGACACCUUCGGCAUCGAUACCACAUCCUGUCUGCCUUUCAUGACCAACUACAGCUUCCACUGCAACGUUUGCCAUCACAGUGGGAACACGUAUUUCUUAAGAAAACAAGCGAAUCUCAAGGAAAUGUGCCUUAGCGCUCUGGCCAACUUAACGUGGCAGUCGAGGACACAAGAUGAGCACCCGAAAACUAUGUUCUCAAAAGAUAAGGACAUUAUCCCGUUUAUUGAUAAAUACUGGGAGUGUAUGACAACACGACAGAGACCUGGGAAAAUGACUUGGCCUAAUAAUAUUGUCAAAACUAUGUGCAAGGAAAGGGAUGUAUUCUUGGUGAAAGAGCAUCCAGACCCAGGGAGUAAAGACCCCGAAGAAGAUUACCCCAAGUUUGGGCUUCUAGACCAAGAUCUUGCCAAUAUUGGUCCUGCGUAUGACAACCAGAAACAGAACAAUGCUGUAUCCACCAGCGGGAACUUAAAUGGUGGAGCCUCUUUGGGAGGGGGGAUCGCGGCCAGCGGCAGCGGGAAGGGCCGGGGGGCGAAGCGCAAGCAGCAGGACGGAGGGACCACAGGCACGGCCAAGAAAACCAGAAGCGACCCGUUGUUUUCCGCCCAGCGUUUGCCCCCCCACGGGUACCCCUUGGAGCACCCCUUUAACAAAGAUGGAUACCGCUACAUCCUGGCCGAGCCCGACCCCCACGCGCCCGACCCGGAGAAACUGGAGCUGGAUUGUUGGGCAGGAAAACCAAUCCCCGGGGACCUCUACAGAGCCUGCCUGUACGAGCGGGUGCUCCUGGCGCUGCACGACCGAGCUCCGCAGUUGAAGAUCUCUGACGACAGACUGACGGUGGUCGGCGAGAAGGGCUACUCCAUGGUCCGAGCCUCGCACGGGGUGCGCAAAGGAGCCUGGUACUUUGAAAUAUCCAUGGAUGAGAUGCCUCCAGACACAGCUGCCAGAUUAGGCUGGUCACAGCCAUUAGGGAACCUCCAGGCACCCCUGGGAUAUGACAAGUUCAGUUACUCCUGGCGCAGCAAAAAGGGAACAAAGUUUCACCAGUCGAUAGGGAAACACUAUUCAUCUGGCUACGGGCAGGGUGACAUUCUGGGAUUUUACAUCAGUCUGCCAGAAGAUACCGAGACUGCCAAAUCCCUGCCCGACACUUACAAAGAUAAGGCUCUGAUCAAAUUCAAAAGCUACCUGUACUUUGAAGAGAAGGACUUUGUGGACAAAGCAGAGAAGAGCCUAAAGCAAGCACCUGGGAGCCAGAUAAUAUUCUUCAAGAACGGUGCCAGCCAAGGAAUUGCCUUUAAAGACAUCUUUGAAGGGGUUUAUUUUCCUGCUAUCUCUUUGUACAAAGGCUGCACGGUUUCUAUAAACUUUGGGCCGUAUUUCAAGUAUCCACCCAGAGAUAUCACUUACCGUCCGAUGAGUGACAUGGGCUGGGGGGCGGUGGUGGAGCACACGCUGGCUGACGUGCUCUACCACGUGGAGACGGAGGUGGACGGGCGGCGCAGCCCCCCCUGGGAGCCCUGAGGGACCAGCCGCAGCCCCAGCCACGGCCCGGGGGUUUUAUUCUCAAGGAACACGCACCCCUCGGAGCAAGCACCGACCAGCGGACACCCCCAAGCCGAGGCUGCUCCUGGGGGCGGGUGUCCCAGGGCCUUGCUGCCUUGUGUCCCCCCCACCGGGUGGGUGCUGUGCUGGUCCUGGGCAUCUCUCCCAGCCCUCAGUGACCUCCCCCCCCCGGUGUCCCGGCCGCUGCUGCCCCCAUCCCUUGGCAGCUGGCGCGGGCUGGACCUGCCCCUGCCUGCUGUGCCUACAUGGGGUACAGCAGCACCCCACUUCUGCUCAGCUGGGGGGGGCUGACUGUACCCCCCAGCUCCCAGCCCAGGAAGGGUGUCAUUACAAGACUACUGCAUGGAAGACUGAAAUUUGGGCUUCUGUCCAAACCGUUUUUUUUUUUUUACACCACAACCCCCCACACCCCCCAACUGGAAGCCAGUUUAAAAAUAAAGGCUUUAACUCUUC